UUCCCUGUUGUUCUGCCUUUUUAAACGGUGUUUUUAAGAGCCAUGUCUUGCAGAAGAGGAGCUUUAAUUGUUCUCGAGGGAGUAGACAAAGCCGGGAAAACUACACAAUGUCAAAAACUCGUACAUGCGUUACAGCAGAGCGGACGAGCGGCAGAAAUUAUGCGUUUUCCAGACAGGACCACUAAAAUUGGUCAGCUGAUCAGUUCAUACCUGGAGAAGAAGAGUAAUCUGGAGGAUCAUUCUGUUCACCUGCUGUUUUCUGCAAACCGAUGGGAAAUGGUGCCUCUGAUUAAACAGAAGUUGGAACAAGGGAUCAAUCUAGUGGUGGACCGCUAUGCAUUUUCUGGAGUUGCUUUCACUAGUGCCAAGCCUGGCUUCUCUCUGGAGUGGUGCAUGAAUCCAGAUAUUGGACUUCCAAAACCAGACCUGGUGAUGUUUUUGCAGCUCAAUCCCAAUAUGGCAGUAAACCGUGGAGAAUACGGAAUUGAACGGUAUGAAACCAGCGCCUUCCAACGGACAGUGCAUCAAAGAUUUGAAGAGCUCAUGAAAGAUGCCUCAGUCAACUGGAAGGUAAUUGAUGCUGCAAGGACCAUAGAAGAGGUGCACAGAGAUAUUAAGGUUUUAAGUGAAGACAUCAUCCGUUUAACCCAGAAUCAGCCAGUUGGAGAGCUGUGGAGGUGAACGGAUCACCUGAAACUUUUAAUGAAUACAUUUUAAUGUUUUUUCUGUCACUAUGUGGAAUAGUACAGAAAAUACAGAAUUAUUGUUUUAAUUUUUUAAUGCUUUGAUUAAAUAAAUAAUCAUAAAAUAAACUUGUGUACAGA